GAGGAAGAUUUGCAAAGUGUGCUUCGCCGGGCAACGCCUCCUGGUUUCAACUCGAAGCAUCCGCAGCUCCUGCUUAAGAGAGCGCACCCCGCUCUCUUUCCCGCUUACGGGACUUGGAGUCUGUUGGGGCCGGCACUGCCUGGUACCGCCCUGUCAGGAAGCAGCUGUCUGAUCGCCUCGCGCCGGCCUGCUCCGCCGAGGGUCCAAAGGCGGCUGUGAGCGUUGCCAUGGAGGUCCGGGGACAGGCUGAGCCGAGUAUUCUACCAUCAAAAGAGCUGUUGUUCAAAGAAACAUGAAAUCAGAUUAUGAGGACAGAGAGGGUCUUGUACCUGGGACAUCAAACAUGUCACCAGAGGAAAAAAUGAUGGACACCGGGAAUAGCAGUCAUGAUAUCAUCAAAGUUGUAUCUCCAUGUCCUGAGGUUUGGGGAAAUGUUGAUAUAAAAUUUAGCCAAGAAGCCUCCAGGAAAAAACUAUGUGGCUAUUUAUAUAAAUGUUCUUCCAAAGCACCAAUCAAGACCUGGAAGUCACGCUGGUUUUGCUAUGAUGAAAAUAAAUGCUACUUGCUAUAUUACAGGACAGCACAAGAUAUUAAUCCUUUAGGAAGUAUAGAGAUUUCCACUGCGAGUUUUGAUCUUAAAGUGGGAGCAGAUGAGGGUAUUUUUGAAAUCAGGACUCCCAUCAAAGACUUUAUUCUUAAGGCUGUCAACAAACAAGCCAUGAUGUAUUGGCUACAACAACUGCAGCUAAAACGCUGGGAAUUUUGUAAUAAACAGGCAAAGGGUUUUGUUGAAGCUAUGCCAUCUUUUCCUUCCAUAAACGAGGCCCAGCAGAGCAACACUGAGGCAGAACAGGAUUUUUUACCCCCGGUGAAAACACCCACUGACGUAGUUGGCCUAAAGGCAGCUUCUCUACCAGCACCACCGACUUCUAUUGCUCUUCAGAACAUCUCUCUCAAGCAUCCUUGGAUUGAAAUUCAAAACACGGUACAUAAUCUGUGUGGCAGCCGUCAGAACCGAAGAGACAGUGGUAGCUUUGAGGAUAAUUUUGAAAUUAUUGCUGAUGAAGAGUACCUAAAAGGAGAAACCGAGGAAACAGUCAUGGCAGACAUGCAGAAAGACACAAAAAUGAGACCAAAGCCAUCAACACUCCGAAAAUACAAAAAAGCAAACAGCAGUUUUCAUCGUUUUAUUGAAGGAGCAGAACAGGGAAAAAUAGCUUCUCUUCAGCAACAAGUUUUGAUUCUUACAGAGGAAGUAAAAUCUCAGAAGGAACUGGUCAAACUUCUCCAAAAAGCUCUGGAGGCAGCUCAGCAAGAGAAACGAGAGUCCUGCAGAUAUCUGGUCACAGCUACAGAAAAAGACAGGCUGGAAUUGGUGCGCCACAAAGUGAGGCAGAUUGCUGAGCUGAACAGGCAGGUUCAAGUGCUAGAGAUGGAAAAGAGAGACCUGGAGCAGGAGGCUGCUUUGAAGGAGGAGCACAUCAAGGAGCUGAGGGAACACGUGCAACUCUUGAUGGACAAAAACGAAGCCAAGCAACAAGUCAUCCUCAAGCUGACAGAACAGCUCACUAGAGAGAUGCCCGACUCCAUUACUGAGGCAGACAGCAUCAUGACCGAGACCUUGUACAAGCAACAGGAAAAGAUUGAACAUCUCAAGGAUGAUCUUGAGGCAUACAAGACUCAGAACCAAUUUCUGAACUCCGAAGUCCACCAAGUUAGCAAAAUAUGGAGCACUGUGGCACAGAGAGAAAAAAACCUUCUGAUGAAGUGUGCUCAACUGCAAGCCCACAAUUGCCAGAUUGAAAGCAAGUACCUGAUGUCUCUACGGACCUUUCAGGGGCUGCCGGAUUUGGCGAAAGAGCACAUGGCAUUGGUGACAGAACUCAUUGAAGAGGCACUGCAAUGGGAUAUGAAGGAAGAAACCCUGAUUCCUAUUCAGCUAAGCCCAGUCAAUCAAUAUGAUGAUUAUGGGUUUAUGACAGUUCCUGAAUAUGAAGCUGCAGACUGGAAGCUCUUGGCCAAAAUCCAGGCCCUGGAGAUCAAAUGCACCAAUCUGAACAAGGAGACCACAGAGAAACCUUUCUCUGAGCGGUGGAAUAACCUUGGGGAACUGACUCCCUCCUCGGAGCUAAAAAGCUUAUUGCGGUGUGGUGUCCCAGCAGUGCAUCGCCAGAGGGUCUGGAGGUGGAUUAUCAGCCACCGGUUAAAGCAAACACGCUCUGCUGGUCAUUACCACAAUUUACUCAAGAAGUGUGAAAAUGCUGAGCACCCAGCUUCCCAGCAAAUUGAACUGGAUCUGCAUCGCACGCUGCCCAACAAUAGACAUUUUAUGUCACCGACUUCCCAGCUUAUUCCCAAACUCAGAAGAGUCUUACUUGCAUUCUCCUGGCAAAAUCCAACCAUCGGCUAUUGCCAAGGACUGAACAGACUGGUUGCCAUUGCCUUGCUGAUCCUAGAAGAGGAGGAGGAAGCUUUCUGGUGCUUAGUUCAUAUCACAAAUAAUUUAAUGCCUCACGAUUACUACAGCAACACAUUAAUAGGCUCACAAGUAGAUCAAAGAGUUUUCAAAGACAUCUUAUCAGAGAAGCUUCCCAGGCUGACAGCACACUUAGAUCAACUUCAAAUUGACCUGUCCUUAGUGACCUUUAACUGGUUCCUGGUUGUUUUUGUCGACAGUCUUAUCAGUGAUCUUCUGCUCCAAGUUUGGGAUGCUUUCCUCUAUGAAGGUGCAAAGGUGAUAUUCCGUUAUGCACUCGCAAUUUUUAAAUAUAAUGAAGAAGCAAUAUUGAAGAUUCAGGACAAUCUGGAAUUCUAUCAAUAUCUUCGUUUUUUCACCAAAACUAUCUGUGAUGGCAGAAAGCUGAUGAGCAUCGCCUUUGGUGAUAUGAAUCCGUUUCCCAUGAAGCUGCUUCAGAAUCGACGCGGGGUGCACAGAUUAAAAGUGGAAGCUGAGCUGAGAGAACUGGAGCAACUAAAAGCCCAGUAUGUAAAGCAACAGGCUGAACAGGCAGCCAGCCAGCCAGAUGGACCCACGAGUGAGGAGGAAGAAGAGAUAUAACCUUCGCUUACUCUCUGGUCAUCUGUAAACAUUGCCUUUGUUUGAAACAUAAAGGCAUCAGUUAUUUAUGAUAAACACUUGGCACCUGGUGCAAUGAAUAUAGAUGUACUGGAUAGUCUGCAAGUCCACUGCAAAUAAGGAUAUAUCGUGCCUUAUUGUCAUUAUGACUUUUCUGGAUAUUUUGUGGUGCAGAAAAAACCCUGGAUUGCAUUCCGCUAGAGAUUUUCUGUUACUCCGACUCUAAAUCAUAAGAAUCCCCUUAGAACUUAGUAUGAUGUACAAAUACAAUCACUAGGGUUUGUGAACCCUAAUUUAUGGCAGGCCUGCACAACUUGUAGAGAAGAAAGGACCACAUUGAUAAAUUAAAAAUAAUUGCAAGCUGCGUAAGAAUACCCGAUGCAUCAAUCAGCUAGCAGAGUGGCAGCAAGGCUGGUUGUUGGCAACAUCACUAAAGCCUGGAGGGCACUUGGCAGUGUGUCUUUUGGGAAAGCAACAGGAAAUCCUUCAGGAUGGUGCUUUUUUGGUGGCAGUGAAUUCAUUGACCUUUUCAAAAAUGCUAGUGGACCUUCAAGGCUGCUUGCCGGGCCACAUACAGCCCACAGGCUGAAAAUGCAGGGGCGAUUUAUGGUUUGCUAGUACCUGUGGUUCAUUCCAGUGUGGCUUUUUCAGCCAACCAUGGGUGAAGCAAAAUGUAGAUUAACCCAAUGUAUAAGCCACACUUUUAAUAUGCAUGUACAAAGUUUCCCCUUUUUUGCUUUCCUUGUUUUAUAGCAGGCUUUCUAAUCAAUUGGCUUCCCUGCAGAGAUUGGACUAGAAUAGAUCACUGUUUCUCAAGCUUAGCAAAUCUGACCUCCUGUUGGUUGGGGAACUCUGGGAGUUGAAGUCCACACAUCUUAAAUUGCUGAGAUAGGAAAACACGGAACUAGAUUAUUCUUGGGAUCCAUUCAGAACUGCCAUUCUGUGAUUAUAUUAGACAACCGAUAACAACCUAAGGGUUGUUUCAGAGAUAUUUCCUUACCGCAUUCAGAAAUAUUGUUUCAGAGAGAUUUCCUUAAUACAUUUCUCAAUGCCUUUUAACAGUGGUGCAGCUUCUAGUGUACUUGAACAGGUCAGGCCGUAAAAAUUCAGGGAUAUAUUCAGAGACGUGUCCGCCUUGAAAGUAACCCAUAUUGAACUGUACAGCACAGUCAUAGAGUUACUGACAGGGAAUGUUUUAAGACAGUAUAUAUUAUGUUUUAUAAAAUUUCACAAAUUUCAAUUCCAUAGAAGUCAUAGACCCUGGAUUUUGGAUACAUUCUAUAAGGUAGCUCAUUUGAGGUACCUUAGUUCAAAAAACUUAAGUUCCCUGUGAGGAACCAUCCCACCUAGUCAAAGGUUACGAGAACAAGAAUUUUAGUAGUGUACAGACAGUUAAAUCAGAUUUCAGAAGAUUUGUAAAUUUCAGAAUUGGAGAGGGGAGAAAAGUAUCUGCACAAUAAGGUUCUUUCUUAGUGAGAUUUGAUGGUAUUUUUUCAGCACCUUAUCCACAAAUUUUCAUGGCUGGGGCAUAGAAUAGAAAUAGACCUAGGAAGACCUAGUCCAAUCCCCUGUUCAAGACAGCGGGCCCUUAUACCAUCCCUGUCAAAUUGUUGUCCAGUCUAUUUUUGAAAACCUCCGUGACGGAGCACCCACAACUCCAG